AUGAAUAAGCUACCUUCCAAGCUUGGGGGUUACCGCCGAUACGGAGCUUUGUAUGGUGACCUAAACGACAUUGUGUGGAACUCUCGGACGGAGGAGUCAUUUGAAGAUGACUGGGCUGAUUUUAUAGAUGAGUACAACUUACAUAACAACACAUGGCUGUCAGAUCUGUAUGAUGACCGACGCAUGUGGGUCCCAAUAUACUUCAAAGGUGAGUUUUGGACAGCAAUGCAGAGUACGCAAAGGAGUGAGAGCAUGCACGCAUUCUACGGUGGAUACUUACACAAUAAAACUAGCUUGGUCCAAUUUGUUCAUGAAUAUGACAAUGUGCUUGGAGUCAAGGAGCAGAGGGAACUUGAGGAUGAUGCUGCAGACUCGAGGGGGGUUAUCCCUUGUGCAACGACCUCGCCUAUGGAGAAACAGUUUCAGAAAGAGUAUACCACGAGCAUUUUUAGGGAUGUUCAAAUUGAGUUUGUGAAGAAGGCUAACUGCAGAGUUUCUACAGUUGAUGAACAGGGUCCAUUGGUUUGCGUGAAGGUGGAAGAGGAGAAACUACUCAACGAUACUAUUCUAUGCGUUCCGUACGAUGUUCACUUUGACCGUUCCACACAGGAGCUUCAUUGUGAGUGCAAUCUUUUUGAGUUCAGCAAGAAGAUAAAGCGCAAGCAUACGUAUGUCAAAAGUAGCCAUGAUGUCAGUCGGUCAGAUAAGAGUCAUGUUGCAUUCAGGAGACUGUGUGCACACUUCUAUAAUGUUGCUCAAGAGUUCGUCACUGACGAUGAAGAAACAGCAUUGCUGCAUGUUGUUUUGGAAGAAACAAGGGCCAAGUUGGCUGCGCACCGUGCCAAAAAGAGGUCCGAGAGCGUGGCAGAGACUCAGACCAACAUUGGCUCACAGAGCUCGAACGAUGUCGGUGUUGAUGACAUCCAAGGCCCAUCGAAGGUCACCACAAAGGGCAGGCCAAAAAGUAAGAGGCUCGGCUCUGCCCUUGAGAAGUCCAUCAAGAAUUCAAGACGGAGAAAACAAAAGAAUUCACCCCCGGUGGUUCGUCUGCACACAUUUCAAGAUAUAAACCAUUAUGUUGUUUCUGGCCUGAAUGUUCCCGAACAAGCUGGUGGUUUCAUGUCUUUGUUAAGCUCCUUCAACAAAAAAUGGGAUUAG